AUGAAAGGAAUGGGAUCCAUCGUUAAGUGGCUAGGAAAGCUCAAUCCCAAGGCAAGGAGAGACAAUACCAAAUGGUGUGAGUUCCAUGGCGAUCACGGGCACAACACCGCAGACUGCAUCGCUUUACGACUAGAGGUCGCUGCACUUCUAAAGAGGGGACACCUCCGGGAUCUGCUAACUGAUAAGGAGAAGAACACCAUCAGCCAUAAGAGUUCAAAAGAACCAUCACCACCUCUGCGAGAACCUAUACCAAAAGGUUUCUGUUCUCUCAUCUCCAGAGGAUCAGAGAUCAGUGGGGUAAGUUACUCAUCAGCCAAGCGAUAUGCCAGAACCAACCACCAGCAUGAAGUCCAGUCCAUCCAUCCGACCUCACGAUCACACACUCAUCAGGUAAUUCAAUUUGAAGAUGACGAGCCGAUCGCCCUGGCCGCUCCUCAUCAUGAUGCCCUAGUCAUCUCCCUGCAGGUCACCAACAUCCUAGUGAAAAGAGUAUUCGUAGAUGGAGGCUCCUCAACGAACAUCUUAUUCCUCAAAACAGUGAAGGCUAUGGGACUAGAAGAGGCAAACAUCAAUAGGUGA